UUAAUUUCCCAGAUUAGCCUACUCUGCGCCCUGAUUUCCAAAAUUUACACAGGCAGGGCGUUGGUCCUCGUCCUAUCCCAAAUUUGUACCCACCCUCCUACACUUUCGAGACGUAGCCUCCAGUAAACGCCGCUUUGACUAUGAUUUACAUCUGCUGCGCAGCUCGCCUCAGUUUAGUCGGCUGAAGUGGGCAUCGAUGGGGCUUGGGAUCUCUUUAAACCUAAAAUGACGAAUGGGACACCAUACGAUCUCUUCGAUUAAACGGACACGCGCACGCGGCGGCCAAGUUAACACUGCAAGUUUACAUGAAGUGUCCCACUUGGGACAGGGUCGCUUCCGCAGUUAAAAGUUCAUUUAUGCAACCAUCUCACAGGAACCAGCUGUGGUUCUCAAAAAUGUAAUUCUCAACAUUCUCUGUGAUUAUCAAAACCAGCCUAUACAGGUGUUUCGUCAACAACAAAAUGAACACAACCUAUGCUGCUAUUAUGUGUUUCCUUUUGGUUCCAGUUCCUGUUUUAGCAGGUACUCAUACUUUGAUGGGGCUUGCAACUUACAUUACAGGAGAAAGAGCAUUUAGUGCUACAAUUAUGUUGGAUGACAUCACUGUAGGAUAUUAUAAUUCCGAAACAAAGAUCUAUGUUGCAAGAGGAAAUGAUACAAAUGAAGAUGAUGUCAUAGAUCCAAAUUACCUCAGGUCUGUAAGUGAGAAUCUGCUUGUUCAUUUUAUAGAAAGAUCACAUCACCUGAGACCUGACAACACAGAAAUUGAAAGUCAUGAAGUUCAUCAGGUGAUGGGUCUUUGUGAAAAGAGUGACAAUAAACUUGGACAAAUAAUAAGCAAAACUGCUUAUAGAGGCUCAACGUUUAAUGAGCUGUGUUUUUUUGAUGGAAACUUCACAUAUCAGGUAUUUUCAAAUUACACGCAACCAGAAAUAAAACACAAUCUUGAAAUAUCCAAGCUGCGUCAUGAGAAGUUGUAUUACCCAGCCUGCAUAAAAACACUGAAUAAUUACCUUAAAAAGAGAGAAACUCAACUAAACAGAAAAGUGAAACCGCGAGUCAAACUCAUCCAGAAAGCAAACUCAGAUUCUGGAGGGUUUCGUGUGAGUUGUUUGGCAACAGGAUUUUACCCUCGUCACAUCAACCUGACCCUGUUCAGAGACGAGCAGCUUGUAUCUGAUCAUGAGAUCACUGGAGGAGAUCUGCUGCCCAAUGCUGACGGGACGUACCAGAUGAGGAAGAGUCUGGAGAUCAGUGCUGCAGACAAACACAAAUACACCUGCUCUGUCACACACCUCAGUCUGGACAACAAACUGGACCUCACUUUGGAAUCUGAUCCAAGUGAACUUAAAUCAGUGAUUCUCUCAGUGCUGAUAGUUUUGGCUCUGGUGUUGGUUUUUGGGAUUGGAGCCAUCAUAUAUAAAUGCAGGAAGAGACAAGGAGGUUCAUUCAGAAGUGGUUAUUCUGCUGCUUCUACAUCUAAAGAACAAGUUGAAACAGCAACAUAAUCAAAUUAAAUAUAAUGACUUGAAGCUACAUGGAUCAACAUCUUCAAACAAUUAAAAAAAAAAAAAAAAAGAGUUCUCCGACAGUUGAUUAUCUUUAUGAU